AUGAUCACAAACGCAGACGGUUCUUCUCCAGGCGACAAGCUCGUCGUCUCGCACGCCAAGGACGCGACGUACACCCAAGGCCUGCGUUCGUUCUUCGCCUACCGUGACCUCGGCAUCAAGGACGCGACAAACGGCGCUGUCGCCGCCCAUGUCAUCCGCGGAGUGCCAGGCUCCCACGCAACUGGUAUCGCGCACUUGCACCGCACGACGUUUCAGAUGGUCUAUGUCCUCAAGGGCUGGGUCGAGUUUGAGUACGAGGGUCAAGACGGCGUGGUGCACCUCGAACCGGGAGACAGCGUCUACCAGCCGCCGGGCAUUCGGCACCGCGAGGUUGCGCACAGCGACGAUGUGGAGAUGCUCGAGGUUGUCCUGCCGGGCGACUUUGGGACAGAGGAGGUUCCCGGGUUGGCGUGA